AUGAAAAGAUUUGAGAGACCGCAGCUUAACUACGACUAUUCAGACUUGGAGCCCUCAAUUGAUACUGAAACAAUGAGGAUACACCACACCAAGCAUCACCAGGCAUAUGUCGAUGGCCUGAACAAACUUUCUGAUGCAGUCCCGCCCAAGAUAUCUCUCCAAAAUCUGCUUAAUGGGCUAAUGGAAAACGAGGGCAUCAAGCCCGACGACAGGGAGAUCCUAGUAAAGUUCGGAGGUGGGCACUACAACCACAGUCUCUUCUGGGAAUACCUAAGCAAAGGCAGUAAUGUUUCUGACAUCAGCAACUUUCUUUUUGACAGAAUCAAGGCUGACUUUGGAUCUCUCGAGGAACUGCAGAAGAGAUUUGACGAGGCAUCAGUAAAAGUCUUUGGAAGCGGCUGGACAUGGUGGGUGUACGACUAUUCGCAGAACAAAAGCUACAUAAUGACUACAAAGGAUCAAAUGAAUCCAAUAAUGUUGGACAAGAACCUUGUGUGUCUGCUUGGCUUGGAUGUAUGGGAGCAUGCAUAUUACUUGAAGUAUCAGAACAGAAGGGCUGAGUAUGUCCAAGAAUUUUGGAAUGUUGUAAAUUGGAAGGCUGUGUCAUUGAUCCACGACAAAGUCGUUUUGAACAAGAAGACGCUCGAAGUCACCGAUAAUGGCUACCUAAAAUUUGAGUAA